AUGACAAGUCAACAAGAAACAGCUGGGUUAAAUUCAACACAAUUUAUUUUAUCGUUGCCAAGUUUAGUUUGGCAUGAAUCACUUCUUCCUUUUAGCAUUUUGGUAACUCUACAUGCGAUAUAUGUCAAUUUGAAGUAUAAAGCUUGUUUAAAAAAUGCACAAGUUUCGUGGCUGCAGGGCUUUGUUUCUUUAAUGGUUAUGACUGUUGGUGGAUCUACAACAAGCGCCAUUCUAACAGGUAAUGCGCCAAGUUGGCUCGCUUCAAAUACAACCAUGACAACAUAUUUAUGGGUAUAUUCGAUAAUGUUUUAUUUCCCAAAUUUUCACCAAUAUUUUACUUCAAUACCUUCAUUCAUUCUUGAUCCAAUUCUUUUAACGGCUGAUGGUUUUAUUCGUGCUAAUGCAAUAUGUUCAUCGGGUGUAGAUAGAAUUCGAUUUGGCAAGCAUGAUAAUCCUUUAUUGAACACAAGUUGGGUUGCUAUUUUGAUCUGUGGAACAUUAUCUGGUUGCGGUG